AAAAUGCGAAGCCUUUGCGUCACCAUUGAGACCACCUCCCAGCACUGGCUAGAAUUAACGAAAAAAAACAGCAGCUAACCUUUCCCAUUUCAACUAUUAUCUUUAUUCUUUAUUUUUGUAAUCUUCCAUAAGGAAUUUGUUUUGAAGGCUGACAGAGACAACAAUGUCUCACUCUAUGGAUUUUCAGACGCAAAUAGCCUCUAUUAUGGAGGUUCUAGCCAACGCAGCCGUGGCAGAAAUAUGUAAAGUUGUUGACGAUGGCUAUGCCGUCGUUCAAUUGGAGAUGUCUCAGAACCACAAAGAGAACGAAUUUCUGAAGAGAAAGCUAAAACUGAUGGAGCUUCAGAUUGCCAAACUUCGUGCAGAACGAAGAUGUCAAGACGGGGCCCUUCUGAAUCGAUUCCAUGGUGUGCAAUUACUGGGCAGACAAAACAGAGAGAGGGCUACUUCAGCGGCAGGUUUGUCUGUGAAGGGUCGCAUCAGGAGUUUGGAUGUUCGUGCUCAUAGGCCACCUACAGAAGCGCCGAUAGAAAAGUCCUCACGUGUAGUUGACAGCAAUAAAGUCGGGCCAGAUGAUAUGGAGGAGGGAGAGCCAGAUCUGCUGAUCAUCAAAGAGGAAAAGCAAGAGGAACCAAAGAGCCUUGAUCAAGAGAAUGGCAAUGAAGAAACAGCUCCAUGUCUCCAAAGUGCCUAUGAUGUUGAUGCACACUUCCUGCCUUCUGCAGUCCCUGUAGAGCCCAGGACCAGACAUUCAGAUGUGGAGGAUAAAGUCCUGGAUGAUAGGAAGACCAUAACCAAACCAAUUAAACAAGAGAAUACAGAAGAGACAGUAGGCAUCAGUGAAGGUUCUAAUCAACCAGGAGUCAGUUCAGAAGCAGAAGUCUGCCAUGUUGUUGAGGUCAACUUACCAGACAAAGCCAUCCAACCAGAAAGUAGCAAAAAUGGCAUGAGGCAAAGACCGCAACUUGCAGGCUCUAGGGCUCUCUCCAUGUCACAGCACAGUCACUCUGACUGGCCUUCUUGUUCCGCGGGGCCUAGUCUAGACCGCUCGUCAUUCCACCACAGCAGCAGCCAUGGCCACGUCCAUGGAACCAUGGGUGAGCUAAGCCCAGGACAUUCCGACGAAAAGCCAGAUGUCAUAAUAAUAGACCCAACUCCGGUUAAUGAGGAGCCGAACACGCAGCCCCAGUGGCUCAGUGAUGCACGGAUGCAAAGAGCAAACAAACAACCUCAGUUCUCUAGACAGGAAUACGCUGACGCAGCUAUACAAGGGCUGCGAGAUGAAAGAAAGGGCUGUAACCCACCUGCCCAAAGGGAGGGGGUAAAUGUCUUUGAUUCAGAGUCCUAUGCAAUGGAUAUAAACACGCUCGGGACUUACAGUGAUCUGUGUGCUGGCCUUGAUAAUUCAUCUGGUGGAUCACAGGGGCAGCAUCUUCCCUGGGUGCUAUCAAACUCAGAAGACAAUGCCACCUCUUCUACCAUGCACUCACAAAGGAGGGGCAGGUCUUUCAGCUGCACUCUGUGUGGCAAGCGCUACAUGACUGUCAAACAACUCAAAGUGCACCAGAAGGUCCAUGCAGGGGAGAAGCCCUACAGUUGCAUACAGUGUGGCAAGCGAUUCAUCCAGCUGUACAGCCUUAAACGGCACCAUAGAGUGCACACUGGGGAGAAGCCUUUCCGCUGUGUGCAGUGUGGAAAGCAAUUUGCUCACUCCAGCAACCUCAAAGUUCAUCAGACUGUCCACACAGGCGAAAAGAACUUCCAUUGUGCUCAGUGUGGGAAAAACUUCUCUUUCUUGAGUAAUCUUAUCCGACAUCAGGCCAUUCAUGAAGCAAAAUAACUAUUAUUUCCCAUUACUUGCAUUUAUAUUAGUUUAUUCAGCUUAUUCAAAUCAUGGAAAUAGCAAUGUUGUAAGGAAUAAUAACAUUUUUAAAAUUGUAUUUAUGUGUGACUGCAAAGAAUAAAGCUUGUCGAAAGUUGUAGUCUA